AUGGGUGACAAUUCCAGUGUUGAUGAAAAUUAUCUUCAAGAACCAGAUGUUGAGUUCAAUAAUGAUAUUGUACCAAUAGUUGAUAUAGAUGAUAGUAACACCAACAAUAGUUUAUUAACUACCACCACUCUCAGAAGACACAUUGAAGGGAAACAUUCCAAUAUUUACGAUAGAACCAAACAAACUGCACUUGAAAUAAACAGGUUUCAACCAUAUUCUACAACAUCCUCAGAAUAUAAAUCAAUGACCAAUAAAUUAAUUGAUUGA